UGCUAACGAAUCGUCAACAUGCAUGGUUGGCAGAUAUCCUUUGUGUUUUCAAUACUAUGGCUAAUCUUUACUCCAAUAUACGCUACAUCUGGGAGCUCUAAAGUAGCUGUUGCAGCAAAUAAUGAACCCGCCGGAAGAAGAAAGCUCGCCACCGGAAACCCAGGCUCCAUAAACAUUGAUUGCGGGACGGAUGAAGAUUAUGUAGAUGAAAAUAUAGGAUUGUUUUACAAGUCAGAUAGAGAUUUCAUAAGCAGCGGGGAAAAUAACGAUGUAGAACCAGAAUUUUCCACAUCAGACUUUACAGAUCGGCUGUGUAAGAAUUUAAGAAGUUUUCCAAAGGGAAGAAAGAACUGCUACACUUUGCGACCUGAACAAGGAAAAAACCAUAAUUACUUGAUUAGGACUCUCUUUUGUUAUGGAAAUUACGAUCGCAUGAAUCAACCUCCAAAGUUUGAUUUGUACAUAGGGGUUAACAAGUGGACGUCGGUGGAUGAUCUACUUGAUAAUGUUUGGAACAUAGGCGAGAUAUUUCAUUUUUCUUCAACUGAUAUUAUUCAAGUGUGUCUUGUAAACAAAAACCAAGGAGUACCUUUCAUUUCAGCAUUGGAAUUACACCCUGUGAAUGAUUCCAUUUAUAGAAGUGAGUAUGGAUCAUUGAUGGCUCUUGUAGGCUAUCAACUUAGCUAUCCCACUGGCGAGAAUGUCAGGUACAAGGAUGAUGUCUUUAAUCGCAUGUGGUCAACUCAUAGAUUUGCUAAUUCGAUUUGGGUCAAUGCCUCGGAUAUACAAGUCCAGGAAAUUGAUAAUUCUUAUAAACUGCCUAUUGAAGUGUUAAGAACUGCGGCCCAGCCCAAAAAAGACAGUUACUCAUUGAGAUACAACUUCAGCUGCUCCCCAUGUAAUUUAUAUGUCUACUUUCACUUUGCUGAAAUAGUAAAGAUUCCACAAGGUCAACGAAGAGAAUUCACAAUUACUCUGAAUGAUCACAAUCAUGGACCCUUUAGCCCGGAAUACUUGAAGCCACAAACUAUACCUCUCAAAUCACCAACUCAAGGCGAUAUUUACUUUACUAUGAAUCCAACAAGCAACUCUGACCUUCCGCCCAUUCUCAAUGCCUUCGAGAUUCUCAGAGUACUUGAGCUCCCUCUUUCUCCAACAGACCAAGCGGAUGUUGAUGCAAUCAUGACCGUCUUGCAAUCAUACAAAAUAAAUGGAGAUGAUUUGCAAGGAGACCCAUGUGUGCCAAAAGAUCUUUCAUGGAAUGUUUUGAACUGUAGUUAUGACAACAAUCCUCCAAGGAUCAUCUCAUUGGACCUCAGUUCAAGGACAUUGAUUGGGGAAAUAACUCCAUCACUCUCUGCCUUCAAGGCAAUUCAGUCCUUGGAUUUAUCAUACAACAAAUUGACUGGAAUUCUGCCCAAUUCUUUUUCAGAACUGUUGAAUUUAACCUUACUGGAUUUAUCAUACAAUGAAUUGACAGGGCCGGUGCCAGAAUUUUUAGCACAACUACCAAAUUUAAAUACUCUAAAUUUAAUUGGGAACAAGUUCACUGGAUCCAUUCCACAAUCACUUAUAGAAAAGUCUAAUAAUGGAACAUUGCGGUUAAGCUUCAAGAACAACCCAAAUUUAUGCCAGUCGGAUUCAUGUGAGAAAAAGAAGCAUUUUCUUCUUCCAGUUGUUGCGUCAAUUAUAUCAAUCUUGGUGCUUCUACUCCUAUGCAUGAUAGCUAUCUCUUGGAGAUAUAGAAGACAGAAAGCAAUAGCAGAAACACAAAAAUCAAAGAAUCAGACCUUUAGUUACUCAGAGAUUGUUAGUAUUACUGAUAACUUUAAGACCACCAUUGGAGGAGGGGGCUUUGGAAAAGUUUACUUUGGAACUCUAAAAGAUGGCACUCAGGUUGCAAUUAAGCUGUUAUCCCAAUCAUCAAAGCAAGGCUACAAGGAAUUUCAAGCAGAGGUGCAGCUAUUGAUGAUUGUUCAUCAAAGGAAUUUGGUUUCACUAAUUGGGUAUUGUAAUGAUAGUCAUAAUAUGGCAUUAGUAUAUGAGUACAUGGUUAAUGGAAACUUGCGAGAGCAUUUAUCAGAGGAAAGUGGAAGUAUUCUGACUUGGAAAGAGAGACUUCAAAUUGCAGUAGACGCAGCUCAUGGAUUGGAGUAUCUACAUAAUGGCUGCAAACCACCGAUCAUCCACAGGGAUUUGAAGACUUCCAACAUCUUAUUGAACGAAAAAUUGCAAGCAAAGAUCGCUGAUUUUGGAUUGUCUAGAGCUUUCGCCAACGAAAGUGAUUCACAUGUAUCAACUUGCCCUGCUGGCACAUUUGGUUACGUCGCUCCUGAGGCUCAAACAUCAGGAAACUUUAACCAAAAAAGCGACGUUUAUAGCUUUGGGAUUAUUCUACUUGAGCUCAUAACUGGUCUGCCUGCAGCAAUAAGAAACACCCUUGGAGGCUUCAUUUGCAUACGUCAGUGGAUUAGACCUAAAAUUAACAGGGGUGAUAUUCAAACCAUUGUUGAUCCCAGACUGCAAGGGGAAUUCGAUGCCAAUUCAGCUUGGAAAGCUGUGGAGAUUGCCUUUUCCUGUGUAUCAGACGUUGCGAUACAAAGGCCAGACAUGAGUCAUGUACUAGGUGAAUUACAGGAAUGCAUGGCUACAGCAAUGGCUGUCGAAGAAUCCCAAAAAAUGGAAGCCAGGGUUAUAAGAUCAAGCAGUUCACUUCUAAUAAGCCAUUUGAAUAUUGAUACUGAUAUGGCUCCUAGUCCAAGGUAAUUACUAAAGUAUAGAUCUCAUACGUGUUGGCUUGAAAUUUCUAACAUUUUCUUUUAGACAAAAAUUGUUACAUUAAUGUAUUAAGCUGCACCUAUAAUUUGUGUCUGAAGCUUUCUUGGAGAUGUAUAAUUGUCAUUACAAAAUACUAUAAAAAUACUUUGUUUUCCAA